UUUCCAAAUGUUAGAAUUUGAUUAGUUUAUUACUGUCACAUUUUCCCACCUUUGACUGUAUUGUCAGUGGAGGAAUCGUCAGUCGUCUCAGUUUUCUCUGUUUCACUCCCAUGCAGUUCGGCCUGCCACAUGUAAAAGAUGGAGAUCCUGGAGAACAAGGGCGAGGAAGCCAUGGAGACGGAGGGGUCCGCCGUCAUAGCAACCCUCCUCAACGGCAGCUUGGAUGGCUCUGCCAACUUCACCAACCUCACCUUCUUCCCCUACUACCAACACUCCCUGUACGUAGCGGCCAGCUACAUCCUGGCCUACUCCUUCAUCUUCCUGCUGUGCAUGGUGGGAAACGUCCUGGUGUGUCUGAUCGUCAUGGAGAACCGAUGCAUGCGCACAGUGACCAACCUCUUCAUCCUCAACCUGGCGGUCAGCGACCUCCUCGUGGGGAUCUUCUGCAUCCCUACAACUCUGGUGGACAACCUCAUCACAGGGUGGCCCUUCUCCAACACAGUGUGCAAGAUGAGUGGGUUUGUGCAGGGCGUGUCCGUGUCAGCCUCGGUCUUCACCCUGGUAGCGAUUGCCAUUGAAAGGUUCCGUUGCAUUGUGUAUCCUCUCCAGCCCAAGCUGACUCUGCUUGUUGCCAAGGUAGCCAUUGUGUCCAUCUGGGUAUUAGGCGUGGCUAUCAUGUGUCCCGCAGCAAUAGCACUGACUGUGGAGAAAGUCCCUUUCCAUUACAUGGUCUACAAUGAUGACUUCAAUCACACGCUGCCCCUUUACACUUGCUAUGAAAACUUUGCCAAUCCCCACAUGAGAAAGGUCUACACGGCGGUUCUCUUCGCCCACAUCUACCUGGUUCCCCUCACCGUCAUCACGCUGAUGUACGUGAGCAUCGGCGUCAAACUCUGCUCCUCCGCAGUCACGAACCGAGAGCCACAGUUGGGCAACAUCACGAUCCAGGCGGGAGGUAGGAGACACGUUCAGCAAGUGGUAUCCCAGAAAAAAAUCAAGGUCAUAAAGAUGCUCAUCGUGGUGGCGUUGCUGUUCAUGCUGUCCUGGUUGCCCCUCUGGACCCUCAUGAUGAUGGCGGACUAUGGUGGACUGGAUAGGGACCAGCUGGACCUCCUCACCAGCUACAUCUUCCCCUUCGCCCACUGGUUGGCCUUCUCCAACUCUAGCGUCAAUCCCAUCGUCUACGGCUACUACAAUAAGAACUUCAAGAGGGGCUUUCAGGCGGUGUGCAAGAGGAAGCCCUUCCGCUGCGUUGCCCGGCUGCAGUGCAGAAUGCCUCGAUGGGGACGGAGAGGAAGAUCUGCACAAGCGCUGUCGGAAGGGAGCGAACUGAGAGAUGGCAGCAACAACCACAGCAACUUUCUGUUGGGACUAAGAAACCGCGUUCACAAUGACAACAAACUGAGCGAAACGCCAGAAAUAAACAGGAGCUCGAGAAUGGGGUGUAUGGUGGUCCACAAAGGCAGAAGUCUCUCUGAUCAGGGGAUAGAAAUGGUAGCCAUACAUAAGAAAAGCAGUAAAGACGAAGGCUCUGAGAAGGUCAGCUCACUAGCGGUUUCAGUGUAUCAGGCAUGGGAUAACUGAGGAACACCUGGAACAGAAUAUGAACCAAACAAAGCCAUAACACAGUGCAUUGGUAAAGACAACGUCAUUAUUAGGACUCUCACUCAAAGCCCACAAAUCCUGGA